AUUAAAUUUGAAGAAUUUAUUUAAAUAUUCGAAUUGUAUAAUUGAUUCAAGAUUAUAUUGAAUUAUAGAAUUAUAUUCGCGUUUUGUAUUUCAUGGUGCAGAUCAACGACAAAUACAGUAGUUUACGUAACACAAGCAACCAAACCGUGGGUGGGCCCUGUAAGAUCUUUGCGAAGGAGCACAUGACAUUGUCGGUGACCACCAGGAAAAAGUCACAUGGCCACAAGGUUAUUUAUCCUAUUCGCGGCUUAGAACUCGGCCUCUUCGUCGUCGUCGCUUUGAGGGGCUUCCUUGUGUUCAUCUUCUUCGUCGUUCAUGGGAAGCGCCAUCGCUGCAACCGCCGCACGCCGUCGUGCCCGAGGAAUGAUGUUGCUCGCGUCCACGCCGAUCAAAUCGUCUUGGUUCAACGUGACGUUGUCGUCGUCAUGAUCGUUAUCGUCAUCAUCGUCGUCGUCGUCGUCAUCAGCUUGCUUCUUUUGCUUCUUUCGCGAGGGCGUGUCAUCUUGGUCGUCGUCGUCCUCCUCAUCGCCGUCGUCGUCAUCGCCUUCCUCCGCGUCCUCGUCGCCACUUUCGUCCUCGCCUUCUUCAACAUCUUCAUCGUCGUCGUCGUCGGAUUCUUCGUCGUCACGAGCGCGCUUCUUCGCCUGGGCCUUGCCAUUAACAGCUGGCUUGCUUUCUUUGGUAGUGGGAAGCGGCGAUUGCUGCUUGACUAGACCCAUGGUUCUUGCGUGCCAGAGUUGGUGAAUGUGUGGUGGCGUUUGUGACCAAACUGUU